AUGGGCGCAAAGUUUCUCUCAUCAGCCACAUCAGCGCUGAUCGCUUCUUCUGUCUCUUGGAAUGCAACUCCUUUCAAUCCCCCAUCCGUCCCACUUGCAGUUCGGACACCUUACCUGUCUGUGUGGUUGCCACAAGGUGCUGGUACAGCGCUGAACGGUGCCUGGCCCCAGUUUUGGACCGGAUCGACUCUUGGAUGGGCUGGUUAUAUCAGAGUUGAUGGCGCCACGUAUACCUUUUUGGGUGAUCCCGUUGUUCCAGGCGCUAAAUCUGCCAUCCAAAAAAGCCUGGAGUUCACUUCAACGCAAAGUAUUUUCGUGAUGACUGCCGGGCCGGUGGACAUAAAUGUGAACUUCCUUAGCCCUGUAGAGCCCACAGACUUCCUUAAGCAGUCCAUCCCCUUCUCGUAUCUGGCACUGUCCGCAGUGUCUAAUGAUGGAGGAUCGCAUACUGUCAGUGUAUAUACCGACAUAAGCGCAGAAUGGGUAUCCGGAGAUGACUCUCUGACGGUCAACUGGACCACUACUACCGGCAACAUCUUGACUCAUCAGGUCAUGCUUGAGAACCAGGAGUUGUAUACCGAAUAUAACGAUCAUAUUCAACAGGGUGCAGCCUAUUACUCUACCCAGAAUUCUUCCUCUGUGACGUACCAAACUGGCCAAGACACCAUUGUUCGAGCUCAAUUCAUCAACAAUGGUGUUCUUGCCAACACCGAGGACAUCAAUUUUCGUGCCGUCAGCAACGAUUGGCCAGUCUUUGCUUUCGCUCACGACCUUGGCACCGUGUCGACCAAUGCAACUAUCCCUGUAAUCUACACCGUGGGUCAUGUCAGAGAUCCGGCAAUCCAGUACAUCGUCGCGAACGAUGUCUACCAACCCCGAAGUAUUUACUUCUGGAGCGCUUACUCAAGCGUCGCGGACUUGAUUUCUGACUUCGUUGGGGACUACUUUGCUGCUCUGGGACGCGCGCAAGCGUUCGACCGGAAGGUCCAGAGCGACGCCUCGGCUAUUUCGAGUAAUUAUGCUGCUGUCGUCGCGCUGUCGGUUCGCCAGGCCUUCGGAGCUUUGGAGCUCACGUUGUCGAAGAAAAGUGAUAGAAGUUGGAACGCAGAUGAUAUCCUGAUAUUCUUGAAAGAGAUCUCUAGUGAUGGCAACGUGAACACUGUGGAUGUCAUGAUGCCUGCGUGGCCUAUUCUCUUGUACGCCAAUCCUCCACUUGGAAAAUAUCUGCUGCUCGGCCUCCUUGCGUACCAAGCUACCGGUCAAUAUCCCAACGCUUGGGCUGCUCACGAUCUUGGUAAAUCGUACCCCAACGCUACGGGCCACAAUGCUGGUAACGAUGAAGCCAUGCCUCUCGAAGAGUGCGGCAAUAUGCUUAUCAUGGUCUUGAGUUACACUCAGAAAUCUUAUGACACCUCCUUGAUCACCCGAUAUACGGACCUCCUCAACCAAUGGACCGGAUACCUCGUCGCAGAAGCACUUAUUCCCGCAAAUCAGAUCAGCACAGAUGAUUUUGCGGGGGCUCUUGCCAAUCAAACCAAUCUAGCCAUCAAGGGUGUGAUAGGCAUCCAGGCUAUGUCUAUAAUUUCGGGCAUAUUGGGCGAUACCGUCAAUCAACAGAAUUACAGCUCAAUCGUGCAGCACUAUGUUCCGCAAUUACUUGACUAUGCCACAUCGAGCGACGGGCUGCACCUCACCUUGAAUUACGGAAAUGAAAACUCUUGGGGCUUAUCAUACAACCUGUAUGCGGAUAAGUUACUCGGCACCAAUGUUUUCCCAGAGUCUGUCUACGACAUGCAGACCGCAUGGUAUGCCACAGUUGUCAAUACUUAUGGCGUCCCUUUGGACACUCGCCACACAUACACUAAAUCCGACUGGGAGUUAUGGACUGCUGCCAUUAUGACCAAUACGGCGACGCGAGAUAUGUUCAUUGACUCUGUCUACAAGUAUGCUGCCGACGGUGAGAGUAACAAGCCGUUGGGGGACUUGUAUGAGACGCUUGAUGGUACUGUGUAUGGAUUUAGAGCCCGCCCAGUCGUUGGUGGUCAUUUGGCUUUGCUUGCUUUGUGA